AUAGUGUGUUGCUCGUUCGUCUGACCAGACGGUUCCGUAAAAGCUCGCGCAGUGUGUGCCUGAAAAGCUAAACUUCCUGUUUGUUUUUUUUUCUACUUCACUUGGAAGCGUCUUUGGAGAGUGAUAAGACUAUUUUUUUUUAUUGUUUUUGUGUAAAUUUUCAUAAAUGUGAGGGUGUGUAAUUGGAGGAGAAAAUUUUGUGUGAUUGAAAAUUUUAAAUAAAAUAGUUUUAAAUAAUUUGUGGAGAGAAAAACACUCAAAAGUCCCGGAGAAACUUACGAGAUUUUUUUUACGGGAUGAAAUUGUUGACCGAAGGAAAUUCCAGAUAGACAAAUAAGUGUUGAAAGUGUAUGCAGAUCAACUGCCACCAGACUAAAGAUGUUAAUUGAUCUAUCGAAAAUGAGAAUAACCUUCUUUAACCGGAUUUACUAAAUCCUUGAAAUUGUGAGCGUUUGCUUAUUUUAAUUUAAAUUAUGCAAAUAACAUUCAUUUUUCAUAAAAUAGCGCCAAAUAUUGUAUAAAUUGUGACUCUCUUGACAUCGACGGAGCAUCGCGAGUGAAAUGUGAAAAGUGCAUUUUAGUAAAAACAAAAAAAAAAAGAAAAGUAUUUUUUUUGAUAAACAUUUUACACAGAGUGUGAAAAUAAAAACUACGUAGAAUAGUGUCCUGCGGUGUAAAAGCUUCAAACUUCCGGAUGUGAAUUGCGAAAAUAAAAAAAAAAUAACUGUGGUAUUUGAUAGUAAAGUCUCAAUUACCUCGGAAAACGUGAGACGCUGUGCAGUGGGAGACCUGCAAUAAAAUCCAUCAUUCCCACACAACACACACGAAAAAAAAGUUACUCAAAGUGAAGCAAACGGUCAAGGUCUCUAUAUAGCAAGCAAAUAUGAUGGUGAAAGCAUCAAUAACCGUCCUUGUCGCUGUGUGUGUAAUCGGGCGCGCCAGUUCGUCUAGUGCAGUCCCGCCCACGUCGGAGAUCAUUGAGUUCAAGUGUGCCUUUCCGGAUGACUAUCUCUACGCUGUUCCCGGAAGUCUCUGCCGAUCAUAUUAUAAGUGCCAAGGCGGACAUGGGACGCAGUAUCAGUGUCCCAAUUCUACUGUAUUCAAUUUCUUCAAACAAACUUGUUCCAGCUCAUCAGGUGUUUGCUAUGAAGCCGUAUGCAGAGGUCGCAAAGAUGGGCACUACCCCGAUACAACGCACGCAUGCCGUAGGGCCCUAAUUUGCCGCGGAGGAUUACUCACGGGACUCUUCAAUUGUCCAAGUGGUCAUCUCUUCAGUGGUUCAUCAUGCGAUGCUGAGGACACCGUCACGUGUGAAGCCCCCGAAUCUACAGCCAUUGCAUACCCCUAUGCUGGUGAUUUGCGAUGCCGCGAUCUCCCGGAUGGCUUUCAUCCUGUCCUAACUGAUUGCUGUCGUUACCUCGUGUGCACAAAUGGCGAUGUGGUUGAAGAGCAACUCUGCCCCAAUGGUCAGAGAUUCGAUGCAACGUCGCGGAAAUGCGCCCCAGCCGAUAAAGUUCCGUGCAUUGUACACAAUCCCUGCCUCGGGAAGGCAAAUGGUCUCCAUGUGGAUGAAUUGUCAACAACAUGCAAGGACUACGUGCGGUGCAAUGCUAAUACCAUUGCUGCACGGCUCAAUUGUGGCGAUCAUGGGGUUUUCAAUGGGAAACAAUGCGUCCCUGUAGGGCUCUAUGACUGCCCACAAGAUCGCAUACCAAAUCAACAUGCACCAUUCAACAUUUGUCGCACAAAGUCCAAUGGAUACCAUCUUGAUCUCCGACGAGGUUGCCGGUUCUACGUUAAAUGCACUUCUGGGCGCAUUAUUAAUACCUACGAAUGCCCCGAGGGUCAAUUCUUCGACAGCGAAUUACGAAGUUGUGUCACAGAAAAUAAUCAAGAAUGCGAGAAUCCUGCUCCAUCGCGUGAUUGUGAAUUUUCCAUUGGAUCGUUUCAGGACAAAACUGAAAAUUCAGACUGCACUCGUUUCUUCUAUUGCUACAACGGACUAAAGACACGCCUAAAAUGCCCUAAUGGGAAGGUAUUCGAUGGGGAGGAGUGUGUACCGAAAUCUGUGUAUCAAUGCCCUGUGGGUGAGAGCAAUUUCUGCGAUGGGAAAGCCGAUGGGUACUACAAAGAUCCCUCAGGUGGGUGCCGAUCGUACUUUAGCUGCAUCCACGGUCGGAAGUUCACCUAUCUCUGUGCCGAAGGUCAAAUCUUCAGCGGCUCCCGGUGUACAGAUCGUCGACCGGGUGAGCAGUGUGAUCGUGAGGAAUGUGUCGAUAAGCCCGAUGGUUACUACCCGGAUCAGUCAAGUAACUGUCGCAGGUACUUCUACUGUCUCCGUGGGGAAAAGAUCACAACGCUCACGUGUCGCGGUGGAAAAGUCUUCAAUGGGCAGGGAUGCGUUGAGCCUGAUAUGUUCUCGUGCCAGAGCUUCACGCCAAAGUGCAUGGAGCAUUCAUGUGAAAUUGAAAAGUGCCAUAAAGAUGGUUUCUUCAUGGACAUCUCAUCGGGAUGUCGUAACUACUUUUUCUGCAUUGGUGGUAAGAAGAGCGUUCUAUCAUGCUCCGAGGGGCACAUCUUCAAUGGAGAACUCUGCGUGCCACGAAAGACUUUCCAUUGUCCAAGCUUUUGUCAACCACAAAAUCAAUGUUCUUAGGUUAUUAAUUUAAUUUUAAAUAGAUUUUUUUCUCAAAAAUAUUUUCAUUGCGAUUUAUCCGGAAAAAAUUUCAAAAAUGAAAUAUUUUAAUAAUACGGAAAUUAUCAUGAAAAAAGACUCCCAAUAGCCGAUCUCAUUAUGUGAAAAUAUUCCAGUGAUUGUUGUGGAAAAGCAAUCACAUCAAAAAAAAAACUUUUACUCAUUUUCCUUUCUAUUUGGGGUCGAUUCUGCCAAAAAUCUUUUCUUAAAAUUCGUCAGUUUCAAGAAUCUUAGUAUUCUAUAAAAAAUCUUUCAAGAUUUUGACAAUUAUUAUUUCUUUUUUUAAUCAUAUUUUUAAAGAAAAAAAUACUUUUCUGUCUCUUUAAAAAGAUAUUUUUGAUUGUUUUCUGAAACAACAAAUUCUUCGUUUUUUCUUUAAAUGGAACGACAAAAAAAAUUAAAAAUAUCAACUGUCAAAAUCUGACAAGUUCUAAGUUAAAAAAAAAGAUAAAAGAUUUUUGACAGAAUCGACUCCAUUAUUUGUCCUGUUGAAUUCUCGCAAUUAUCGCAAAAAUAUUGCUUUAUAAAUUAAUUCUAACUAUUUAGAUUUUAAUUUUGUUCAUUAAACAAUUCCAUAAUGUGGAAUUGAAGGCCAGUACCUUUAGUUUUAAGGUGAAUUUCAAAUUGGAUUUGUCAAAAAUCUACAAAUGAUUAUUACCUCAUUAAAUAUAGAUGUAUUAAACGUGUGUAAAUUAAGAAAUUUUUGUGUAUGACUUAGUGCCUUAUUAGUGGUAAAAAAAAUGAUCAAACAAGUGGAAAGACCAUUGUUUUUUAAUAUAGGUUUCUUUUCUUUUUAUUUAUAUUCAAUUUGUAAACAUAUAUUUACAGAAAAAAUAAUUAAUAUAGCUCAAUAUUAUCAAAUAUAUCAGUAAAUUGAAAUAAAAUUUUAUACAUUACA